GCACUCUCCUGGUUGACAGCAAGGCUUCCAGAUUCAUCAGUGAAAGAUGGCUGGAGAAGACUGGAACUCUGGCCUCUUCAGCUGCUGUGAUGACAUAAAAUCUUGUUGCUAUGGUUUUUGGUGCUGCCCCUGUCUUGCCUGCACCGUGUCAGGACUUUUUGGACAGAACCACUGUCUUCCACUGUGUGAUAUUUGCAGCCCUGCUGUGACGUCUGCUUUUGGGAUACCUCUGUGUGUCCCCCCUGCAGGAUUAGCCCUGCGAGUCGGGAUUCGGCAGAAAUAUGAAAUUAAGGGUUCUCUUUGUAAGGACAUUGCCACGUCCUGCGUCUGUGUGUGGUGCUCCUGGUGCCAGUUGCAUCGGGAGUUGAAGUAUCGCAAUCACACCCCUGCUGUCGUGAACCAGCCUAAGAAAUGAAAAACUACAGAGGUUUUAUAACUGCUGCUCCAAAAUUUGGUUGACAGUGAUCGCCUUUAGUUUGACCAUGUCUCAAUAGCUAAACAGAAUUUGUUUUUAGUUUUCUUGUGGCUAUAAUAAGCAUAGGAUUUAAAUACAUAAAAAUAAAACAAUCUUGGCCUUUGAACAUCAGAAUUUGCUUGGUACAGUUUAUGAUAGGAUCCACUCCACCCUGUGUUAAAGUCUUAACAGACUUUUUAUAUAUAUAUAAGAAAUUUAAUACUGAGAUGAAGGAUGAAGAAAAAAAAGUUUACUUUUUAAUGGUGGUGUGUUCAUGUUUCUGUUGAAAAUGAAACUUUUUAAAUAUUUGUAAUUGACAUCAUAUUAAUAUUACAG